UUCUGUCUCAUUUUCUUCAUCAAGAAGAUGAUGAUGAUACUUGUAUAAGUUUUUGUUAGGAUAUAAGAAAUAAAAAUCGAAACUUUAAGUUUUGAUUUCGUUCUUUGGACAGUGUACCUCCACGUAUUCGUCUCUGGUGAUGAUUUGAUUCAGGUCUCUACUAAAGAAGAUCUGUAAGGUACAAUGUCUGAACAAGUUAUGGUAUUGGGUAAAGGUAACAAAGGAAUCAGCAAGUCUUCCUCAGUGCAUCAAUAUGAAUCAGCUUGGUUAGGUCGUUGGACUCAGUUGGGUAAUGAAGUUAAUUUUCAUGAUCAGAGUAAUAAUGGUGAGUCCAAGUGUUCUAAAGGGUUGAUUAAGCCUGAAGAUGGUAAUGUUAAAGAGAAUCAUGGAGUCGAGGUGUUGCCUUUUCCUAUGUUUAAGGUUACUCAGAAGAAAGAGAGCACUACUACUACAGCAAAGCUUCAAGUUUAUGACGAUGUUGGUUCGAGCUCGAAAGCUAUGGUUAAUAGAAUGCCUUGGAUGUAUCCACAAGGAGAGAAGUUUAGUUCAAGUAACCGUCUUCCUGAUUUCCCAAUUCAAGAAAAGACUACACAAAACUUGCUGGAGUUGAUAAGACCGGUGAGGAUUUACGCGACAGUUGAGCCUGAAGAAGAUGGUCAUCAGCUAUUGAAGGGCUCGACGGUUUCUAUGAAACUGAAAGGGAAGAUUGUUGGUGGGUAUCUUGAUCUGUUUCCUAAUCUUGACCGCUGCCAUAAUAAAGGAGGAGCAAGGCUUGAAUCUUUAGAAAGCUCAAAGAAUACUGAAGAAGAUGGGCUGCAAAAAAAUGAAUCAUCGGCGGAGACUGAUAUCUUAGAGAUGGAUAGACUUCAGACGAUGCAUCUUUCCGGCUCCAUUUCUUCAUCAACUAAGGGCAAAGGAAGAAAAGGCGAUUCGCCUAUCCCCAGGACUGAAAUACCUGACAUGAAUGAAGAACCACCUCUGGUUCAGGACAGAGAGAAUUCAGUAGAAGGGCAUCAAGGAGAAACAAGCAACUCAGCCACUCAAAGUAUGAAUGCUGAACAUUUUCUGUCCAGAGAGUGCAAACGUGUGCGGUUGGAAGCAGAAGACGAACCAAGCAGUAGAUGGGUCAAGCGUCUGAAGACAAACGCCUCAGAAUCCAGCGGACAUGGUGAAACCAAGAGCCUGAUGAAGAAUGAAGAAGCAUCAAAAGGCCAAAAAGGAAACAACAACCUAUUCCUUGAAAUCAUGAAAUCCGGAAUCAACAAUCUCCAACCAAGAAAUCAAGAACCUGUAACUUCACAAAUCAAGAAUCAAAACCAGGGAGGAGAAGACAUUACCCUUCUGCAUCCAUGGAUCCAGAGAUGGUGCAAGAAGAAAGCUACGUCCACAGAUCAACCAGAAGGGCAAGAAGCUAGCUUUGAGCCAGAGAACCAAAAGGAAAUCGAGAAGAAGCAUUUCCCAAGUAUUGCAGCCAUGGCACUGAUGGGUAAAGCACUGAGCGGUUUAAACCCCUAUGCUCUUAGAAAGACCGACUCUCUCAUGGUCUGGAAUGCUCGGGAUUUGAGGUAGAAAACCAAAAUCAUCAUCAUGCUCUUCUAUGUUUAUCAUUCUCAUCAAAUUCGUGUAAGAUUUUGCCAAGUUCCUCUAUAAGUGUCAGUCUUGACUACCAAGUUCCUCUAUGUUCUUAUAA